AGGUAAACAACCAAUCAGAGUGAGUGUUGCAAGUGUGGUUGGCCAGUGCAGAGUGAGGCAGGGGAGGGAGCGGCCCACUCUCUCUCUCUCUCUCUCUCUUGGGGUGCCCCUUAAUAUUCACCUUUCCUACUUAAUUACCGCCUGCAUCUGUCGGAGAGUGGUGUUUGUAAGAGGACAUCAUGGACUUCUUGGUUCUUGGCGGUGUGGUGCUGGUAUUGACAGUGCUGGUAUACAUACUGGCCACCUUAGGUACAAAGGAAACCCCUUUCGAAGAGGCUAUAGCAGAGCAGCGGCAAAAACGUGAUCAAGAAAGUUCACAAACAAAGACUGAUAAGCAGCACAAGAAACAGAAGGUAAAGAAAGUAAAGGGAAAGAAGGAAGAUUUAGAUGAGGUAGGUGGUACAGCAGUACAGGAAGUGGAGGUUGAAUCUGAACCUCUGCCAGAGCCCACUCCACCACAACCAGCAGAACCUGAGCCCUCACCCCAACCCAUCCAGGAGAAGAAGAAAGAAAAGAAAAAGAAAAAAGAAAAAGAGAGAGAUGUGGAAGAGGCACCCCAGAAGAUAGUGGAAGAGGUUCAGGAAAUUAUAACAAUGAAGACAGAAUCUGUGAAGGCUGAGGCUGCUCCCGAACCUACACCAUCACUCCCUGUAAAGUUGGAGGUGAAAGAAGUGAAGGAAGAGAAGAACAUUAAGGAAGUAAAGGAAGCGGUUGAGGCACCUGUGAUUGCUGUACAAGUGGAUGUUACAGAGGCUGUUGAUGCUCCAAUGGCUCCUGUCAAGAAACCUACAUCACCCCAGGAAAAGAAGAAGAAAAAAGAGAAGCAGAAGAAUGAUGUUACGACCUUGAGUGAAUCCAAGCUCCUCCCAAUGGUGCAACGAGCUCCAUUGUCUGGUACAGAGAUUCAAACCUUGAUUGAUGUUUUACUCAACAAGCAGCAGCAGAAUAGCGCUGGAGGUGACUGGGUAAAGAAGGGCAAAGUGGAUCCAAUCACACAGCUUAAACGACAGUUGGAAGAAUUAGAAAACCGCUUGCGUGAUAAAGAUGAGGCUCAUUCUGCUCUCACAGCCAAGAUUACCGACUUGUGCUCAGACCUGCACGGAGAGCGAUCAAAAUCUUCAAAACUCAAAGUUCAGCUGGAUGAAUCUGCUGCUAAUCACACCCGUCAGCAGGAGGCAGCAGCUGCUAGUGCCCAGGCAGCACAAGCAGCACGUUUGAAUGAACUCCGUACAGCCUUAGAGCAAGAAUACCAGGCAAAGCUCCAACAGCAACAGCAGCUUGUGGAGCAGCUGCAAAGUGCCAGCAAUGAAAGUGAAGUGACUGCUUUACGUGCCUCACUUAGCGAUGCUGAAAUUCAGACAAAAAUGCUUAGACAGGAACAUGAAGAACUAACUCAAAGAUGCCAACAGUAUGAGGAGCACAUAAGUACUCUUGAAGAAAAAAGAGCUGCAGAAGAAGCUGCCAGAAGUGCUCAGUUAUCAGAGUUGCAAGCACAGUUACAAAGUGCUGAUGCAGCUCGGGCUCAAGCUCUGUCAGAGAUUGCAGCCAUGGAUGCAGAAAGAAAUGCUUUGAAUGGGCAGCUAGCUAGCGAUAAUGCCAAGUAUGCACAAUUACAGCACAAACUACAGGAAACCUUACACGAGAAAGCUGAGGUAGAUUCCAGACUGAUUCAAGUGGAAUCUGAACUUCGUAGUGUACGCCAAGUGGUCUUAGACCAAAAUACUCGGAUUGAACGGCUAAAGGAGGAAAAAGAGUCGUUAGCAUCCCAGAGUGUCCGUCCAGCCGCUGAAGGGCAAGAAAAUGGGGAUGUACAUGCGGAACAGACCCUGGCCUCUGACACCGCCCACCUAGUGUCAUUAGUGAAGGAGAAAGAAAUCCUAAUAGAAGAACAGUUAUCUGAAGUAGUAAACUUGAGAAAAGAAAUUUCAAGAUUAAAAGAAGAUUUAGAGAGCCAAAGAGCGAAGAACAAUGAGUUACGAGAAAAGAACCACAAAGUCCUGGAGGCCUUAACGAGCACAGAGGAAAAACUGAUGGCUAGACUCAAGCAGGUGGAUGAGGCUUCUGGUGAAGUAGAGGAGGAGAAAGCAAAGGUUCGUGCCGUCCUUAGAAGAAUUUUCCCCGAAGUUGUUGUAGAUGAUGCACUGGCCCUUCCUGUUAGGAAAAAGACAUACCAGGAUCAAGGGGCAUUCUUGAGUGAGUUUGAGAGCAAGGCAUUACAGGUUGCUACCAAAACUGUUCAGCAGCCCAAACCAGAAGUUGUGGAGAAGGUUGUGGAAAUUGUCAAGGUUGUGGAGAAAGAGGUAGAAGUGAAGGUCCAAGAUCCAGCCCUUAAAUCUCAAGUUGAGGAGCUCUCCAAAGAGAAUGCUGAACUUAGAACUCGGGUUGCUGGUCUACAAAAAGCUUCCACACCAUCAAUAGAUGACAGUCAGAGAGUUACUGAACUAGAGGAAGAAGUGCGUACAGUCUCUGAGAAGGUCACCCACUAUCAGACUGUCCUGGCGGAUACGGAGAAUCUGCUAAAGUCGCUACAAGCAUCUGUAGAGUCUGAGGAAGUGGCAUGGAAUAAGCGCCUCUCAGAAAAAGAAAAGGAUGUUCGUCAAUUGACAGCUGACAAAGCCAAUCUGCAGCUUCAAGUAAAACAGCUAGAGGAUACCUUAGACAAGGUUAAACAAGCAGAAGAUGCGGCAGCAGAGAUUUGUGGGAUGGAGUUUGCCUUAACUUGCAUAGAGAAGUCUCUUCCCCACGUAGUUACAAAGAUGCAAGCUCAGCUUCAGGUCCUACAGCAGCAGUUGCAAAAGGAAGAGAAAGAGAAGGCUUCUCUUCUAGAACAACUGCAAAAUGCCCAGGAACAGCUCACAAAGACAGCCACCCAAGGUAGCAGUGGUAGUGAUGAAGCAAGUUUGUUGGAGCUGAAAGCAGACAAUGACAAGCUGCGAACUCUGGUUAGUGUGGGCCAAGAUGCCAGCCGGCAGCAGGAGCAGCUCAUCGAACAAUUGCAGGAGGAGCUAGCUUCUGUUAAGGCAGCCCUGGCCGCUAGCCGUGUGAGUAAAAUGGGCUACAUGGCUGGUUGGUUGGGACGCAACAGCAACAACACCACCACCAUCAACAACAACAACUCGAUGGAACAGCAGACUGCAAGCACAAAUGGCCCUGCUAAUGAGGAACAGUGUCAGGAGAGAUGUGGGAGUGUAGUGAUAUGGUGCAAGUGCAGUUUGAAGCCAGUGACUAGAUGUGGACAAGGGUUUCUUAACAGAGCAUGCUUCUCCUUUACCUUGCUGACUGCUGCCCCUAGGACGACACCUCACGGGCCGACACCGCCAGUCUGAUGUCUGCUUCUUCUGCCUCAGUCACAGAUACUAACACCACUCAGGUUCAGUCAGGGGUAUCAGCUAAAAAGGCCAAAAAGAAAAAGAAG